UAUCUUUUAAAAAAAUUGACUCAAAAGGAUAAAGAGAAACGAAGAAAAGCUCUCCCGUACUCCUCCGCCGCUUUCAAUGGACAUCUCUGCAACAGCCUUCCUUUUCCUUACCUUUCUAUCCCUUUGCCUUUACCUUCUUCUCUUCGCUUCACCAAAGAAAUCCAAAUCCAACCAAGGUUUCAAACACUUCCCCAUAGUGGGAACCUUGCCGCUCUUCUUGUUAAACCGACACCGUUUUCUUGACUGGUCGACGGAGGUUCUCAGCAACUGCCAGACCAACACGGCGGUCUUCCGUCGUCCGGGGAAGGUUCACGGCGUAAUCACCGCAAACCCACUUGUGGUGGAGCACAUACUGAAGACCCAGUUCGAGAAUUACCCUAAAGGAAAACGCUUCAUUUCGCUUUUGGAGGAUUUUCUGGGACGCGGAAUUUUCAACUCCGACGGAGAAAUUUGGAAAGUUCAGAGGAAGACGGCGAGUUAUGAGUUCAACACCAAAUCGCUGAGGAAUUUCGUUAUGGAAAAUGUCACGGUUGAGAUUCAGACGAGGCUGUUGCCUAUUUUGGGAAAGGCUUCUGAAACGGAACGGAUUUUGGAUCUGCAGGACGUUUUGGAGCGAUUUGCGUUUGAUAAUGUUUGUAAAUUGGCUUUUAAUUUCGACCCCUGUUGUCUCGGCGGCGAUGGCACUUCCGGCGCCGAUUUCAUGCGCGCUUUCGAGGACGCCGCCACUCUCAGCUCUGGCAGAUUUAUGUAUGCUUUGCCGGGUUUGUACAAAGUGAAGAAAUUUUUGAAUAUGGGAUCAGAGAGAACCCUGAAGAAAUCCAUAGCCAGAGUUCACAAAUUUGCUGAGGACAUCAUACGCUCAAGAAUGGAAGAGAAGAAGACAACGCAUGUAAAAAACGACCAAGAUUUACUCUCCCGGUUUAUGGGAAGCCAAGAAAACAACUCCCCUGAAUUCCUCCGAGACAUAAUCAUAAGCUUCAUCCUCGCCGGCCGAGACACCACCUCCUCUGCUCUAACAUGGUUCUUCUGGAUCCUAUCCUCCCGACCAAACAUCACACAAAAAAUCCUCAAAGAGCUGGAAACAAUCCGCUCAAGAACCGGCAAGAAACUCGGAGCAGAGUACAGCUUCGAGGAGCUCCGAGAUAUGCACUAUCUACAAGCAGCACUUUCGGAGACUCUGCGGCUGUACCCGCCGGUGCCGGUGGACACGAAAGCGUGCCGGAACGAGGACGUUUUACCGGACGGGACGUUGGUUGGGAGGGAGUGGUUCGUGACGUACCACACAUAUGCAAUGGGGAGAAUGGAGAGGAUUUGGGGGGAGAAUUGCGGGGAGUUCUUGCCGGAGAGGUGGGUGGAGAAUGGGGUGUGUAGGGCGGAGAGCCCGUUUCGGUUCCCGGUGUUUCACGCGGGUCCGAGGAUGUGCUUGGGGAAGGAGAUGGCUUAUAUUCAGAUGAAGUCCAUAGCUGCGGCGGUGAUAGAGAGGUUUGAGGUGGGGAUGGCGGAGAAGGAGAAGAGUCCAAAGUAUUUGUUGUCGCUGACGCUGAGGAUGGAGAAUGGGUGUCCUGUGGUGCUCAAAAGGAGAGACCCCAGUUUGGCCAUUUGAGCUUCACAGUUCAUGGACCUGCCUUGUGGGCCCUGUGGCUUUCUUAAAAUAGAAUUUUAAAAAAUCAAAUUUUUAUUAUAUA